AUGGAUAACUUCUUAAAGAAGGAGAUCGUUCGGAUUCGAAAGUUGGUUGGCGACAACGCCCAGGUUAUUGGGGCGGUUUCGGGGGGAGUGGAUAGCAGCGUGGCUGCCAAGCUAAUGAAGGAAGCUAUUGGAGACCGAUUUCACGCUAUUCUUGUUGACACAGGGGUCACGGAGCCUGAAGCUAAGAGGAAGAUUAUCGGCGGGACUUUCAUUGACCUCUUCGAGAUUGAGGCACUCCGUAUUGAGAAAGAGGCAGAGAACACACUUCGUGCCGGAAAGGUUGAGUGGUUCCUUCAGGGGACACUUUUUAAGGGAGCCGCCAGUUCUACAAUUAAGUCUCAUCACAACGCGGGAGGGCUCCCUGCUCGUAUGCAGAACGGCGAGGCGCAGUUAAAGCUACUUGAGCCGCUUCGAGAGCUGUUCAAGGACGAAGUGCGGGUGUUCGGUCGGCAAUUGCAGAUCUAUGAGGAGCUCAUUAGCAGACUCCCCUUCCCGGGACCCGCUCUAGGGAUCAGGAUUAUCAGCGAGGUUACCCGUGAGCGAGUCGAGAUUAUGCGCAAGGCAGAUCACAUCUUCAUCUCCAUGAUCCGAGAGGCUGGGAUCUAUAAUGAGGUCACCUAA